UUUUAAUCGCCGCGCCGGUGAUUGCCGUUCGCCGGCGUGAUUUGCUGGAUACUGUUAUCAUAUUUCCAGUUAACAUUAAAAAAAACAAUCGCGGUGAAUGGUGAUUUUUCGGGUUUAAUACAUAUAGCGGUAAAUCUUUACUCUUAGCGUAGCAAAAAUGGUCCGUUUCCUGACGAAAGAGAACCUAGAGGGUUUUGAUAAAUAUAAGUAUAAUUCUAUCGAUUCAAGUGUUCUGAGCAACUAUGUUAUGCACCCAUUCUGGAACUGGUGUGUUCAAUUCUGCCCAGUGUGGGUAGCGCCCAACCUGCUAACCUUCACCGGCUUCCUACUGACCGUCCUCAACUUCCUCCUGUUCUCGUACUACGACUACGGGUUCUUCGCGUUAACCGAGGCCGGUGGUGACGGGAUCCCGCGGUGGCUGUGGGCUGUGUCCGCUGUCAACCUGUUUAUGGCCUAUACCCUGGAUGGAAUUGACGGCAAGCAAGCGCGACGCACUGGCACCAGCGGGCCACUUGGCGAGCUCUUCGACCAUGGCCUGGACUCUUAUUCUGCUGUGUUCAUUCCUGCCUGUCUUUACAGCAUAUUCGGCAGAGACGAGCUAAGCCCGCUACGCAUGUUCUUUGUGAUCUGGAACAUCUUCAUCAACUUCUACCUGACCCACUGGGAGAAGUACAACACGGGCGUCAUGUUCCUGCCGUGGGGUUACGACUUUACCAUGAUCGGUUCGUGUCUACUGCUGCUGAUCACGUCAGCUGUCGGUCCGAAGGCGUGGCGCGUGGCGCUGCCCGGCGGCCUCAGCCCCGGCGUGGUGUUCGAGCUGGUGCUGUACCUGUCCGCCAUGUUGACUUCGCAGACCACCAUCCUGUUCAACAUAUACAAGUCUUACCGCGACGGCACAGGCAAGAUGCGCUCGCUGAACGAGGCGCUCCGCCCGCUGCGCCCCGUCGCGGCGUUCUUCUCCGUGAGCGCGCUGUGGGCGCUGCGCUCGCCCGGCGACAUCGUCGGCCGCGCCCCGAGACUCUUCUACGUAUUGACGGGAACCAUAUUCUCCAAUAUUAACUGCCGUCUGAUCGUCGCCCAGAUGAGCGGCACGCGCUGCUCCGCCUGGAACGCGUUGCUGCUGCCGUACUCUGUGUGCUGCGCCGCCGCGCUCACGGUGCUCUCUCCGGCCGCUGAACUCUACGUACUGUUCGCGCUCACCGCGGCGUGUACUGUGGCGCAUGUCUACUACGGCACUAGGGUGGUGCAGGAAAUGUGCGAACACUUCAAAAUCAACUGCUUCCGUAUCAAGCCAAAAAUUAAAUAAAUUGGUAGGGCCUAGUCGAAAUGUUUAUUAUAAUUAAUAAUUAAAGGUUGCGGUAGAUAUCUGGUCAAGGUAUUUGUUAAGGACAUAGUGAAAUUUUGCCAUAAUUGUGGCUUUCCAUCAGAGCAGGCUCCUUAUGCAUAUCGAGCAUAAGGACCCGUCUUCUGGAAGGACCCUUCUCUGUGGAAGCCACAAAUGGCGUUUAAUGCAAAGGCAUAUAUAUCUUACUUUAUGGUGGAAACGUGUAUACAUAUAUACAGAUAUAUGAACACAGAAGGAACCUAAUUAUAAUUUGCAUAUGAGGUCCGAAGAAGCGUAUGGUACCCAUACCAUACCGGGCCAUUUAUUUAAAGUUUACACUAUACUUUGUUUUCAUGUUAUUUCUACUCAAAAUCACGAGCUCUUUUGAUCCUAAUCCAAAAAAGUGUCCUCUUCCAUUCCGUUACGUCAUACAUACAAAGUGUAUGAAAAUAGGCGGGUCCACAUAGAGCGAGCAUACGCGCGAGGCAAUUUCCUCACGUACAAAACGGCCGAGGCACGUCUACACUGGCCGUUUUGUGCGUGAGGAAAUUGCCUCGCGCGUAUGCUCGCUCUGUGUGGACCCGUCUAUUUGGUAACGGAAUGGAAAUAAAAAUCUUGCCACACUUUUUUCCCCUUUUCAGGAUCGAACGGGAACGUAAUUGUGAGUUGAAAUAACAUAAAAAAAUCCAAAUCUUAAAAAAAGAGAGGACAGCUUAAAAUAAAAUGGCCCACUCAAUACCUCAACCCGCAAAUUGCGCGCGUGCGGGAACUAUUUUGUGUUAAAAAACUUAAGCAGUCACCGGUUUCGAUUAGAACCCACGUCUACUACCUACGUCUUCCUAACGGAUGACCAAGAUGCCUGUUGGCGUUAUGUUUGACCCGGAUACAUUGCUGGCGUCAUGUCUGAGUAAUUACAUACGUGUAACGCUCGGGAAUUAAUUUAUUAUAUGCGACUGCCAUUCGGACCGAUAUGGCUCUUUCCUCUAAUUUUAAAAUUAUAGUUCCAUUGGGAUGAAUGCAUGAAACUACAUAGCUUAUGCGGGUAAAAACGAAAAAGUUGAAACUACUCGCCAUGUUGUUUCUCUACAUUUUGUGUUCCAAUUUUCAGUUUUUCGUUUUUAGAAAAGCGGUUGAAACCAUGAAUCUAGUAACUGGGCAUGAGUGGUGGGGGGAACUGACAGAAUGGAAUAGUAGUAUGUAUCUUUCAGUAGGAGUAGCAGAGAAAGCGUUAUUAUCGUUUGUCCUUGUCACUGUCUCACUUUUUUUUUAAGUUCCCCACCGUAAAUUUAGUAUGGUUUAUGGUAGGUAACAAAUAACCCUACCAAAUUACGUAGAUUGUUUUCGGUAUGUUGUCACGAAUGUAAAAACGUGUUUUUAAUUUUGUCGCAUUGCGUAUAUUCCGUCUCUCGAGGCACGCUUAUAGCUCAUCUAUACGAUCCUACCAUCUAUGUUUGAAACUACAAUAAAGCUGCCAAGGGAAAGGUGGGGAACAAAACACUUGCCAAGUUAUUUUUACUUACUUAAAAAAUAUAUACCUGCAUAAGCUACGUAUCUCAAAUUUCAUACUUUCUUCCGGAUGGAACUGUAUUUUAAGUUAAAAAGUCAGACUAAUAUUACCGUGACGACAUAUUUCUUGUGUAGGGUGACUGCUAUUGCCUUGUUUCUUUCUGAUUAAUUACGAGUGGCCAAUUACUAUGGAGGGGCCAAUAAUAUAGCAGGCACCCUAUUCAUAUCUGAUGAUUUGUUAGAACGAAUCUCAUCGCGAGCAACCGAUUUCCAUUUUUUAUAAAUUAAGUCUUGCCAAAUAUGGACUUUAUUUACUUCCUUAGCAAUAAUAUAAGCUAGAAUUUAACCAAAUGUUACUAGAAACACUAGUCAAUAUUACCGCCAGAUAUUUAAAUGGCAUUUUUACAUUUAUAAUACCGUACACGGCGGGAAGAAGUCGAUAAACCGAGAGAAAAAAAAAUUGAAGAAAUUUGAACCUUAUGUAAUUCUAUUUUAAGUUCAAAUUUCUUCUAUUUUAUAUCCCGAGUUAUCAACUUCUCGCUGUGUACCGAAUAGUAGUAUAACAUUUUCUCGUGAACUUUUUAAUCUUUAUCAAACCAUUCAAUAGACUUAAAUAUUUUUCGAUCAUUCUUGUUGUAAUGAUUUCGAUACUUAUACAAAUAUUAGUAUGCAGUGUAUCUGACCAAUUAUUGAAAUAUUAAGCCUGAAGCCAAUAACACACUUUUAGAUAGCUAGGAAUUUAAUAGGUACCGCAAAACCACCCCACUAUAAAGUUCAAAAUCUCCCAAGUGUGGGUUAAAAUUAACUCAGUCAUCUUCGUCCUACUCAUAGGAGAUAGCGGUGUUGAUUUAAAACUCGUAGGGGAUAGCGGUGUUUGUGUCUUACAAAGUCUAUGCAACAAGCAAGGGAAUAGGCGGGUUCACACAGAACUGCAGCCUCGCGAAGCAGCUCGGUCGGUGUGGACGUGCCUCGCCCGAGGCAAUGCGGCCGAGGCACGUCUACACAGAUCAAGCUACUUCGCGCGGCAAUUUCCUCGAGAGGCAGCUCGUUCUGAGUGGACUGGCCUAUUAAGUUGUGACUAUUAUUUGAAUUUCAUAGUUCUACAAGAAAAACUCAUACAAAACUAAAAAUAACGGGUUAUUUCCUUUAGUUAAGGUAGAAGUACUAGUGCUCGACGCUGCACUAGUACUCGACAUGGGCACUUUAUGUCAAAGUGACAAGGAUUAAGUUCGAAUACAGAAAAAUCUUCGUUGUUGCGUCGAGCACUAGUACUUCUACCUUACCACCAAUUUGUGACCAGUGGUAACUACUGGACAUUUUGUCUCACCUUUUACCACUGGUAACUACUGGGAAAAAAGUCCCAUUAGUUACCAUCAACUCGGUUUGGUGGUCACUUUUAAGGCAGUUUACUAUAACAGUAAUCGUCAUCAUAAUUAACUUAAAAUUAAUUAAUUGAUUAGUUGGUAAAAGUUGUGAAAAAAUUCCCAGUAGUUACCACUGGUAAGAACUAAGUGUUAACUAGUGGGAAUAACCCAAAAUAACAUUGCUAUUUCUUUCAUUAAGUGUUGAACUUGUCGACCAUCGUUGUAUUUAGUUAGUACUGGAAUAUAGUUGGGUGGUUUACGUUAAAUGUUUUAUUUUGUUUGCAAUUCGAAUGAAAUGAGGAACUGAUAUUAUAGAAAGUCGAUAGCAUGCCAGAAACGUGCAUGUGCGUUCUAAUUGUACAUUUUUGAAGCAUUUAUUUAGACAGAACUUAAGUUUAGCAAAUAAUCCCAGUGAAUCUCUAGAAAUUGUGAAUCAAUACUUAGUUGUUUGGAAAGGGUAACAUCAGGAGAAUUGCCCAGUGACACACAAAUUAUACCGCUGUUUAUUACCUUACCUUAUUGACAUGAUCAAGUUUACAUAUUAAUCAGUAUGACCGUUUUUUCGGUGUCGAAAAAGACCCACUGGAUAUACAAGGUCUAUCAAAAAUAGUGGAAGGAGUAGGAGGAUGAAAAGUGGUUCGGUAUCAUGUUCUGAUUAAGAAAGGUAGAAGAUUUUUUUUUGACGUGACAAUUUUUCUGCAUCCAUUGCAAAGACCGCUGAAUACACAAGGCCUACCGCGAACACCGCGGUCAUCACCGCGGAACAUCAAGUUUGCAAACUUCGGUGUUGGCGGUAGGCCCUCAGUCACCUUAUUGAUAUAGUCAAGUUUUAUAAUGCUUGACACUGGACAAUUUUCCCAGACUGUCCAAAGAAUUAAAUUUCUUUUUUGUACCAUGGCAAGGGCGAAAAAGCAAUAGGAAGCAGCUAAUGUAGGCUGAGGACGCCUACACCCUAAUGUUGUCAAAUAAACAUGGACUGCAUGGAUAUGCAUUUUUAUAGGUACUAAGGAUAUAUAUUUGGGAUCCAGUAAUGUGUAAAUAAGUGGAAUUCUUGUUGUUCUAGGGUGUCAUUGGAAUCUUAUUUAAUUAUAUUCCAAAUAUUAUUUUAUUCAUAAGUUUUAUAACAAUACAGUGAGACAUCACCAAUUUAUAUGCAAAUGUAAUGAUGAAUGCACUUUUAGUCUGGUUCUGUCUAAAGAAUGAUAGCAAGGCAGCUAGUAAAAUUGCAAAAAAUAGAAAUUCUUAUACAAUACAUAGUUGUAACCGAAAAUUAUUACGCGAAGCAGCUCAAUCUGUGUAGACGUGCCUCCGUCGCAUUGCCUGGGGCGAGGCACGUCUCCACUCCACCGACCGAGCCGCUUCGCAAGGCAAUUGUCUCGCGAGGCUGCUCGCCCUGUGUGUACCCGCCUAUCGUUAUUAGAAAACGUUAAUCAAGCCUUAAAUAGGCAGGUCUACACGGAGCGAGCAUGCGCGUGGGGCAAUUUCCUCGCGCGCAAAACGGCCAAAGCACGUCUACACUGGCCGGUUCUAACGCGAGGAAAAAUGCCUCGUGCGUAUGCUCGCUCUACUGUGUGGACCCGCCUAAUAAUGUAUGAAAACAUUUACUUACUACAUUCACUGCCAGGAACCCACCUGGUGGGCGCUCGUGAACUUUGUUCAGAUGCCGGACAACACGCUGGGCGGGUUGUUUUAUACGCAGCUAUAGACCACCGGUUUCUGGGAUAGUGCGCCGUUUUUUGUCUGGCAGUAAAUGUGUUACAUGACUUUUUGAAGCAUUGCAUUGGUCAUUCAGAUAUUUUUUCUUUUCGUUUGGCUUUUGUCUAUGUACAAUAGUCUUCUUGGCUAGGCCCCCUGGUACUUACAUAAUAUUGAAUUGUAAACGUUAAUUAGAAUUCAAGGCGAAUAUAAACUGUCGUGAGACAUACUAACAUUAAACUAACUUUACGGUUUACACUCACGUGUUUAGUAUGUGUACCACGGCCGUCGUGAACGCUGCUCUCAGAAACAUGUCGCGCGAGUAAUUAAAAACACGUGAGUGUAAACCGUAAAAUUAGUUUGAGAAUUAAAGCUUUUGCUCUGAACACGUGCUAUGAUUCUUUAGACAUUAUGUUAUCUCAAAAUUGUGAACAAAGAAUCUCUUCUAGUUAAUACCAAAAUUAUACACAAUGAAUUUUUGUUCCGUAAUAUUAACUAAGACAGCUCAAUAUUGUACCUGUUUAAUUUAUUUAUACUGUUAUCAAAUUAUGUUUUAUUUCCUGGCGGUCACUGUAAAGAUAUCUUUUAAAUAAAAAAUGUUUUAAGUCUCAA